AUGAAUGACCUGAACUUGAAGGUAGUCUUCGUUCUGGGGAUCGCCUAUGGCGUAGGCAGGUUCCUGGUUGACCAGCUGUCGCUGUUGGCGUUCCCCCACUGCGACCACCCGAUAAAGUGCUUCGACUACGCGGAGGAAUUGGCCGCCAGCGUUCACCCCAGAGUGAACCCGUGCGAUAACCUGUAUGAUCACGUCUGCGGCAAAUGGGACAGGCUUCACCCGUUUCUCAUUCCGGCAUCCGGCGGCCAAUUCCGUGUGCUCAGCACUCGGAUGCUGGCAUUCGCAUUGCGCCAGCUCGAGCGAUCGCCCCCCGAGCACCCCGUCCUGGCCGUGAGCAGGAGCAUUUCCGCCUUCCAGAGCUGCAGCAAAGUUUACGCGGAGCGCAGAGACGAAACACAGGUUCUGUUCGACGUAUUCAAGAAGUUCAACUUCAAGUGGCCUUCGCUUACGCUUCCCACCAACUUUGACCUCAUGGAGUACCUGCUGGGCAUGUCGUUCGAGUACAACCUUGCGACGCCCGUUUUGCUUAGCCUCACGCCGGACCUCAAGACUGACAAGCGGUAUGGCCUGUUAUUCGAUAUCUCAUCGAACGUCGAAAACGAAACGGUAGACACUAAAGUCAUUGCCAGUUGCAUUUCAUCGGUGGCACCAUUAGUCUCAGGUGAUUUGGCCUCGAAGUUUGCCAAACGAAUCCACACAGUUUUCUUGAACUUGUUCACUGCUCAGACGGCCUUGUUUCGCAACGUACGGCCGACGCUCCUUUACACUACCAUUGAGAAGCUCGCGAACGACACCUCCGGGCACAGCACGGGAGAAACCUGGCUUAAGGUCAUCAACAACCACCUGCCUCAUGGCCAGGCUGUCAGCGAGAGCGAAGAUGUGCUUACGAUCACCAACAGCGGCUUGCUUCUCAGAACGAUCCUCGACGACGCAAAGCGUUCCGGAUACGCCGAUCUGGUGCUGUACGCAGGCUGGAAUAUGCUCGUCAGUCUGCGCGCGGCGGUGUCACCUUCGCUGGUGAACUGUAUGGACGGCAGCUCUACGUCGGGCCAGCUACCGAGCACGCUUGGAUGCUUGGGAUCAGUAACUCAGGUUGCGUCAUUCGCCCUCGGCCGGUUUGUCAUCGACAGCCUGGAGCUACACCGUAACAUCAAUCACACGAGGAGCACGUGGAACGCCUUGAGGAAGGCCACUCGAGAGAGCUUCGCUAACCUCUCGUGGAUGGACAAAUCAACAGCCAAAGGCGCCGUCGAGCACGUCGACAGCCUCAUUACCGUCCUCCCUCUGCCGAAACACCUCCAAACAAACGAGGCGCUUGAGGCACACUAUGGUUUCCUGGAUCCGAAUGUCUCGCAGCCGUUCAUUCACUGGCUGUUUAAAACAAAGCACCGACGCCUUGAAGAGCAGAAGCGCCUUUUCAAAGGAUCCACAGUGACCGUUUACCGUGACGACAUUUACUACAACACAAUCGACGUGAACGCGUUUUACAUAUCUCUAAUGCACAUCAUGGCCAUCCUACCAGGGAUCAUGGCAGCACCGUUCGUGCCACAGGAGGUGCCAGCGACGCUCCACUACGGCGCCAUAGGAAAAGUAUUAGGACACGAACUGACGCACGCCUUCGACCCAUUGUUUAGCAACUUCACUAGAACGGGGGAAGUCGGCACAUGGUGGUCGAAGAAGUCAUUCGACAACUUCCGCGGCCGCCUAGAGUGCCUCCGGCGCCAGCUACAGAGUUACACCGACAACGAGGUGCACAGCAAGAACGCGCUCUCGGAAGCAUUCGCCGACACGGCCGGAACUGAGAAGGCCUGGCUAGCCUUCACCUCUUUGCCGGCAGAGAAGGGCGUUCUGGGAUACACCCAGGAACAGUCGUUCUUUAUCGCCAGCUGUUUCGAGUUUUGCUCGGAGGGUGGCUACCAAUGGCAAAAAAACGGAAAAUACCCGGCCAUGGUGCUGCGGUGCAAUAUACCUGCCCGAAACGAAAAGGAGUUUGCGGCAGCAUUCAGCUGCCCUACAGGAUCGGCAAUGAACCCUGAGAAGCGGUGCACGUUCCAUUGA